AUGAGUGACCUUGUUUUCAUCAAGUUCAACUCCAAACUGAAGGACAAGAAACUAAACAAACUCAAGGACCCCAUUGAGAAGCAGGUGGUAGAUGUUUUAGAAGAUGAUGAGAAUGAAUGGAUCACUGGUGUGGUGCCUAAUGGUGAUGAAGAACAAGUUGAAGGUGAAGAUCAAGAUCAAGAAAUUCCAUAUGCAAGCUCGCAUGCUGGACCAGGAACUUCUGCUAUUAAUCCCCUUAAAAGGAAGAGGGGUGUCUAUGGUAAGAAGAAGAAGAUGAUGAUCCCUGUUACUCCUCAAGAAGAUCUGCUCUCUGCUUCCUCUGCUUCAGAAAGUGACGACGACGAGGACACCAACAUGAGUUCUGGUUCUGACAUGUGA